AGGCUGCAACUAUAACUCCCAGGGUACUUAGCAUUUGUCGCAUGGUGAUGACAGGCUGAAAGUUAGUGUCGACUUGAACAUGGCGUUUUUAGGGAAAAUUGGGUCUUUCCUGAAGAAUGCUUGGGCAAAGGAACCAGUAAUUGUGGUAUCCUUUGGAAUUGGUGGCCUAGCGGUCAUCCUGCCCUUCAUUAGUCCCUACACAAAGUAUACAUCAAUGAUCAAUGCAUCUACCCCCUACAAUUACCCAGUUCCUGUAAGAGAUGAUGGGAACAUGCCAGAUGUCCCAAGCCACCCCUGUGAAAAGAUUGGCCCAAACCUUGAAUGGCUGAAGAAGCUGUGAAACAGGAUGAAACUAUCUACAGAAUUUCAAAAACUGAUCAGACUUUUAUUUAAAAUAAAACUAAAAUCUACAUUAA